CGCGGCCUUCUUCCGAUCCGGUUCUGUGUUACAUGCAUAUAAAGAAGAUUGAAAGAUGCACUAAAGAGAGUGCAUCCUUCCAGCCGUGGACACUAAACUUUUGAAAAAUUGCACCAUAAAUCCAGACAGAUUUGAGUAUGGUUUCGAAAAAACGAUGAAAUGAAAGCUAUGGAUGUUUUGCCAAUUCUGAAAGAAAAAGUAGCAUACCUUUCAGGUGGUAGAGAUAAACGUGGGGGUCCCAUUUUAACAUUUCCAGCCCGCAGCAAUCAUGACAGAAUACGACAAGAGGAUCUCAGGAGACUAAUUUCAUAUCUAGCCUGCAUUCCUAGCGAGGAGGUGUGCAAGCGAGGCUUCACAGUGAUCGUGGACAUGCGUGGGUCCAAGUGGGACUCCAUCAAGCCCCUGCUGAAGAUCCUACAGGAGUCCUUUCCCUGCUGCAUCCACAUUGCCCUCAUCAUCAAGCCAGACAACUUCUGGCAGAAACAGAGGACGAAUUUUGGCAGCUCAAAGUUUGAAUUUGAGACAAAUAUGGUCUCUUUAGAAGGCCUUACCAAAGUAGUUGAUCCCUCUCAGCUAACUCCUGAGUUCGAUGGCUGCCUGGAAUACAACCAUGAAGAAUGGAUUGAAAUCAGAGUUGCUUUUGAAGACUACAUUAGCAAUGCAACUCACAUGUUGUCCCGGCUAGAGGAACUUCAGGACAUCCUCGCUAAAAAGGAGUUGCCUCAGGACCUAGAUGGGGCUCGGAACAUGAUCGAGGAGCAUUCGCAGCUCAAGAAGAAGGUAAUCAAGGCCCCCAUUGAGGACUUGGAUUUGGAGGGACAAAAGCUGCUUCAGAGGAUUCAGAGCAGUGAUAGCUUUCCCAAAAAGAACUCUGGAUCAGGCAACGCAGAUCUUCAGAACCUCUUGCCUAAGGUGUCUACUAUGCUAGACAGGUUGCACUCAACCCGGCAGCACCUGCACCAGAUGUGGCAUGUGAGGAAAUUGAAGCUGGACCAGUGCUUCCAGCUGCGGCUGUUUGAGCAGGAUGCUGAGAAGAUGUUUGACUGGAUCACACACAACAAAGGCCUGUUUCUAAACAGCUACACGGAGAUUGGGACCAGCCACCCCCAUGCCAUGGAGCUUCAGACGCAGCACAAUCACUUUGCUAUGAACUGUAUGAAUGUGUAUGUAAAUAUAAACCGCAUCAUGUCGGUAGCCAAUCGCUUGGUUGAAUCUGGCCACUAUGCCUCUCAGCAGAUUAAACAGAUUGCAAAUCAGCUGGAGCAAGAAUGGAAGGCAUUCGCAGCAGCCCUGGAUGAACGCAGCACCUUGCUGGACAUGUCCUCCAUUUUUCACCAGAAGGCCGAAAAGUACAUGAGCAAUGUGGACUCAUGGUGUAAAGCCUGCGGCGAGGUGGACCUUCCCUCCGAACUGCAGGAUCUGGAAGACGCCAUUCAUCACCACCAAGGCAUCUACGAGCACAUCACUCUUGCUUAUUCUGAGGUGAGCCAAGAUGGGAAAUCGCUGCUUGACAAGCUGCAACGACCCUUGACUCCUGGCAGUUCUGAUUCCCUUACGGCCUCUGCCAAUUACUCCAAGGCUGUGCACCACGUCCUGGAUGUCAUCCAUGAAGUACUGCACCACCAACGGCAGCUCGAGAAUAUCUGGCAGCACCGCAAGGUCCGACUCCAUCAGAGGCUGCAGCUGUGUGUUUUCCAGCAGGACGUUCAGCAGGUGCUGGAUUGGAUUGAGAACCAUGGAGAAGCAUUUUUAAGCAAACACACAGGUGUGGGAAAAUCUCUUCAUCGUGCCAGAGCUUUGCAGAAACGCCAUGAAGAUUUUGAAGAAGUAGCACAGAAUACAUACACCAAUGCAGAUAAAUUGCUAGAAGCAGCAGAGCAGCUGGCUCAGACUGGAGAAUGUGACCCGGAAGAGAUUUAUCAGGCUGCCCAUCAGCUCGAAGACCGGAUACAAGAUUUUGUUCGGCGUGUUGAGCAGCGAAAGAUCCUACUGGACAUGUCGGUGUCCUUUCACACCCACGUGAAAGAGCUGUGGACAUGGCUGGAGGAGCUGCAGAAGGAGCUGCUGGAUGAUGUGUAUGCCGAGUCGGUGGAGGCUGUGCAAGACCUCAUCAAGCGCUUCGGCCAGCAGCAGCAGACAACACUACAGGUGACCGUCAACGUGAUCAAGGAAGGAGAGGACCUCAUCCAGCAGCUGAGAGAUUCUGCCAUCUCCAGUAACAAGACCCCUCACAACAGCUCUAUCAACCACAUCGAGACAGUGCUGCAGCAGCUGGAUGAGGCACAGUCACAGAUGGAGGAGCUCUUCCAGGAGCGCAAGAUCAAGCUGGAGCUCUUCCUGCAGCUGCGCAUAUUUGAGAGGGACGCCAUCGACAUCAUCUCAGAUCUUGAGUCUUGGAAUGAUGAGCUUUCUCAGCAGAUGAAUGAUUUUGACACGGAAGACCUCACCAUUGCGGAACAGCGCCUCCAGCACCAUGCGGACAAAGCCCUGACCAUGAACAACCUGACUUUUGAUGUCAUUCACCAAGGGCAGGACCUCUUGCAGUACGUCAACGAAGUCCAGGCCUCCGGUGUGGAGCUGCUCUGUGACAGGGACGUGGACAUGGCCACUCGGGUCCAGGACCUGUUGGAGUUCCUUCACGAAAAGCAGCAGGAGCUGGACUUGGCAGCAGAGCAGCAUCGGAAGCACCUGGAGCAGUGCGUGCAGCUGCGUCACCUGCAGGCGGAAGUGAAACAGGUGCUGGGUUGGAUCCGUAAUGGGGAAUCCAUGCUCAACGCCGGGCUUAUCACAGCCAGCUCUCUGCAGGAGGCAGAGCAGCUGCAGAGAGAGCACGAGCAGUUCCAGCACGCCAUCGAGAAAACACACCAGAGUGCACUGCAGGUCCAGCAGAAAGCCGAGGCCAUGCUGCAGGCCAACCACUACGACAUGGACAUGAUCCGAGACUGCGCCGAGAAGGUGGCCUCCCACUGGCAGCAGCUCAUGCUCAAGAUGGAAGACCGCCUCAAGCUCGUCAAUGCCUCUGUCGCCUUCUAUAAGACUUCAGAGCAGGUCUGUAGUGUUCUUGAGAGCCUAGAGCAGGAGUACAAGAGAGAAGAAGACUGGUGUGGAGGAGCUGACAAGCUGGGCCCCAACUCUGACACAGACCAUGUCACCCCAAUGAUCAGCAAGCACCUUGAGCAAAAGGAAGCAUUCCUAAAGGCGUGCACGCUGGCCAGGAGGAAUGCUGACGUGUUCCUGAAGUACCUGCACAGGAACAGCGUGAACAUGCCAGGCAUGAUGACACACAUCAAAGCUCCGGAGCAGCAGGUGAAAAAUAUCUUGAAUGAACUCUUCCAGCGGGAGAACAGGGUAUUACAUUAUUGGACCAUGAGGAAGAGACGACUGGACCAGUGCCAGCAGUAUGUGGUCUUUGAGAGAAGCGCCAAGCAGGCUUUAGAGUGGAUCCAUGACAACGGGGAGUUCUACCUUUCCACACAUACUUCCACAGGGUCCAGCAUACAGCACACCCAAGAGCUGCUCAAGGAGCACGAGGAGUUUCAGAUCACAGCAAAGCAAACCAAAGAGAGAGUGAAGCUAUUGAUACAGCUGGCUGAUGGCUUUUGUGAAAAAGGACAUGCCCAUGCAGCAGAGAUAAAAAAAUGUGUCACUGCAGUAGAUAAGAGGUACAGAGAUUUCUCUCUGCGGAUGGAGAAGUACAGGACCUCUUUGGAGAAAGCCCUGGGAAUUUCUUCAGAUUCCAACAAAUCGAGCAAAAGCCUUCAGCUUGAUAUCAUCCCAGCCAGUGUCCCCGGGUCAGAGGUGAAGCUUCGUGACGCUGCUCAUGAGCUCAACGAAGAGAAGCGGAAGUCUGCCCGCAGGAAAGAGUUCAUAAUGGCUGAGCUGAUUCAAACCGAAAAGGCUUAUGUCAGAGACCUCCGGGAGUGUAUGGAUACCUACUUGUGGGAGAUGACCAGUGGAGUGGAGGAGAUCCCACCUGGCAUUGUAAACAAAGAACUCAUUAUCUUCGGAAAUAUGCAGGAAAUCUAUGAGUUUCAUAAUAACAUCUUCCUAAAGGAGCUAGAAAAAUAUGAGCAGCUGCCAGAGGACGUUGGACAUUGUUUUGUUACCUGGGCAGACAAGUUUCAGAUGUAUGUCACAUAUUGUAAAAAUAAGCCUGAUUCUACUCAGCUGAUAUUGGAACAUGCAGGGUCUUACUUUGAUGAGAUACAGCAGCGGCAUGGUUUAGCCAAUUCCAUCUCUUCCUACCUUAUUAAACCAGUUCAGCGAAUAACAAAGUAUCAGCUCCUUUUAAAAGAGCUGCUCACGUGCUGUGAGGAAGGGAAGGGGGAAAUUAAGGAUGGCCUCGAGGUGAUGCUCAGUGUGCCAAAGCGAGCCAAUGACGCCAUGCACCUCAGCAUGCUGGAAGGUUUUGAUGAAAACAUUGAAUCUCAGGGAGAGCUCAUCCUGCAGGAGUCCUUCCAAGUUUGGGACCCCAAAACCUUAAUUCGAAAGGGUCGAGAACGGCAUCUCUUCCUUUUUGAAAUGUCCUUAGUAUUUAGUAAAGAAGUAAAAGAUUCCAGUGGAAGAAGCAAAUACCUUUACAAAAGCAAAUUGUUUACCUCAGAGUUGGGUGUCACAGAACAUGUUGAAGGAGAUCCUUGCAAAUUUGCACUGUGGGUGGGGAGGACACCAACUUCAGAUAAUAAAAUUGUCCUUAAGGCUUCUAGUAUUGAGAACAAGCAGGACUGGAUCAAGCACAUCCGUGAAGUGAUCCAGGAAAGGACAAUCCACCUGAAAGGAGCCCUCAAGGAGCCCAUUCACAUCCCCAAAACCGCGCCAACAGCCAGGCAGAAGGGCAGGAGGGAUGGAGAAGACCUGGACAGCCAAGGGGAUGGCAGUAGCCAGCCUGAUACCAUUUCCAUUGCCUCCCGGACAUCUCAGAACACACUGGACAGUGACAAGCUCUCUGGUGGCUGUGAGCUGACUGUGGUGAUCCAUGACUUCACAGCAUGCAACAGCAACGAGCUGACCAUCCGUCGUGGCCAGACAGUUGAGGUUUUGGAGCGUCCACAUGACAAGCCUGACUGGUGCCUGGUGCGCACCACUGACAGGUCCCCUGCAGCAGAAGGCCUGGUGCCCUGUGGCUCUCUUUGUAUCGCCCACUCCAGGAGCAGCAUGGAGAUGGAAGGCAUCUUCAACCACAAAGACUCGCUGUCUGUCUCCAGUAAUGAUGCCAGUCCCCCUGCCUCCGUCGCCUCCCUGCAGCCCCACAUGAUUGGGGCUCAGAGCUCCCCAGGCCCCAAACGGCCAGGCAACACCCUGCGCAAGUGGCUCACCAGCCCCGUGCGGCGGCUCAGCAGCGGCAAGGCUGACGGGCACGUGAAGAAGCUGGCCCACAAGCACAAGAAGAGCAGGGAAGUUCGUAAAAGCACCGAUGCAGGCUCUCAGAAGGACUCAGAUGACAGCGCUGCCACCCCGCAGGACGAGACUGUCGAGGAGAGAGGCCGGAACGAGGGCCUCAGCAGCGGCACACUCUCCAAGUCCUCCUCCUCAGGGAUGCAGAGCUGCGGGGAGGAGGAAGGGGAGGAGGGCGCUGACGCUGUGCCGCUGCCCCCGCCCAUGGCCAUCCAGCAGCACAGCCUCCUCCAGCCAGACUCACAGGACGACAAGGCCUCCUCUCGGUUACUUGUCCGCCCCACCAGCUCCGAAACGCCAAGUGCUGCUGAACUCGUCAGUGCCAUUGAGGAACUCGUGAAGAGCAAGAUGGCGCUGGAGGAUCGUCCUAGCUCACUCCUGGUUGACCAGGGAGACAGUAGCAGUCCAUCCUUCAACCCUUCAGACAAUUCCCUUCUCUCUUCUUCUUCGCCCAUUGAUGAGAUGGAAGAAAGGAAAUCCAGCUCCUUAAAGAGACGGCACUAUGUUUUGCAAGAAUUAGUGGAGACAGAGCGUGACUAUGUACGAGACCUUGGCUGUGUAGUUGAGGGCUACAUGGCACUUAUGAAAGAAGAUGGUGUUCCUGAUGACAUGAAGGGAAAAGACAAGAUUGUGUUUGGCAACAUCCAUCAGAUUUAUGACUGGCACAGAGACUUUUUUUUAGGAGAGUUAGAGAAGUGCCUUGAAGAUCCAGAAAAACUAGGCUCCCUUUUUGUUAAACACGAGAGAAGGUUGCACAUGUACAUAGUUUAUUGUCAAAAUAAACCAAAGUCGGAGCACAUUGUCUCAGAAUACAUCGAUACCUUUUUUGAGGACUUAAAGCAGCGCCUUGGCCACAGGUUGCAGCUCACAGACCUGUUGAUCAAACCAGUGCAGAGAAUUAUGAAAUACCAGCUGCUGCUAAAGGAUUUCCUCAAGUACUCCAAGAAAGCCAGCCUGGACACGUCAGAGUUAGAGAAAGCCGUGGAGGUCAUGUGCAUAGUCCCCAAGCGCUGCAACGACAUGAUGAACGUGGGCCGGCUGCAAGGAUUCGAUGGUAAAAUUGUUGCCCAGGGUAAGCUGCUCUUACAAGACACGUUCUUGGUGACAGACCAAGAUACAGGGCUUCUGCCUCGCUGCAAAGAGAGGCGGGUCUUCCUCUUUGAGCAGAUCGUCAUAUUCAGUGAACCACUUGAUAAAAAGAAGGGCUUUUCCAUGCCAGGAUUCCUGUUUAAAAACAGCAUCAAGGUGAGCUGCCUCUGCCUGGAGGAAAAUGUGGAAAAUGAUCCCUGUAAAUUUGCUCUGACAUCAAGGACGGGUGAUGUGGUAGAGACGUUCAUUUUACAUUCGUCAAGUCCGAGUGUCCGGCAAACAUGGAUCCAUGAAAUCAACCAAAUCUUAGAAAACCAGCGCAACUUUUUAAAUGCCUUGACAUCACCCAUCGAGUACCAGAGGAACCACAGCGGGGGAGGCGGCGGCGGCAGCAGCGGGGCCAGCGGAGGCGGGGCCGGGGGCAGCAGUGGUGGUGGGGCCUCCAGUGGUGGUGGCAGCAGCCACGGAAGUGUCCCCAGCAGCUGUAGCAGUGGCCCCAGCUCAAGCAGGAGCAGGCCCUCCCGGAUCCCGCAGCCUGUCAGACACCACCCCCCCAUGCUGGUCUCCUCUGCAGCCUCCAGCCAGGCAGAGGCAGACAAGAUGUCAGGUAUGUCCGCUCCCAGUCCCUCACUGCCUCCCCGCAGCAGCAGCAGCCUGGCCCCUGAGGCUGGCUCUGGGCAGCCCGGCAAGCUCCCCACGCGUGGAGACUGCGAAGGUCCUGAGCGGGAAGCAGAGCCCAUCCCCAAGAUGAAGGUGAUGGACAGCCCCAGGAAAGCCACUGGGAGUGCUGCUGGCACAAGCCAAGAAGGAACUGCCAAGGAUGCCCGGGGGACCCUGGGCCCACUGCCCCUGGGCAAGCCCCGGCCCGGGGCCGUCUCACCUCUGAACUCGCCUCUCGCUGCCACAUUCCCUUCUGCUUUCGGCAAGGAGCCUUUUCCUCCCAGCAGCCCCCUGCAAAAGGGGGGCUCCUUCUGGAGCUCCAUCCCCGCAUCCCCUGCCAGCCGGCCCGGCUCCUUCACCUUCCCGGGGGACAGUGACUCCCUCCAGCGGCAGACACACCGCCACGUGGCCCCCAGCAAAGAUACGGACCGCAUGAGCACCUGCUCCUCGGCCAGCGAGCAGUCCGUGCAGUCCACCCAGAGCAACGGGAGUGAAAGUAGCAGCAGUAGCAACAUCUCCACCAUGCUGGUGACACACGAUUACACGGCAGUGAAGGAGGAUGAGAUAAACGUCUAUCAAGGAGAGGUCGUUCAAAUUCUGGCCAGCAACCAGCAGAACAUGUUUCUGGUGUUCCGAGCCGCCACUGACCAGUGCCCCGCAGCCGAGGGCUGGAUUCCAGGCUUUGUCCUGGGCCACACCAGUGCAGUCAUCAUGGAGAACCCCGAUGGGACUCUCAAGAAGUCAACAUCUUGGCACACAGCACUCCGCUUAAGGAAAAAAUCUGAGAAAAAAGACAAAGACGGCAAAAGGGAAGGCAAGUUAGAGAAUGGAUAUCGGAAAUCUCGGGAAGGACUCAGCAACAAGGUAUCUGUGAAGCUUCUCAAUCCCAACUACAUUUAUGACGUCCCCCCAGAAUUUGUCAUCCCGUUGAAUGAGGUCACAUGUGAGACAGGGGAGACCGUUGUUCUUAGAUGUCGAGUCUGUGGCCGGCCCAAGGCCUCGAUCACCUGGAAGGGCCCUGAGCACAACACCGUGAACAGCGAUGGCCACUACAGCAUCUCCUACAGUGAUUUGGGGGAGGCCACUCUGAAGAUCAUUGGAGUGACCACGGAGGACGACGGCAUCUACACAUGCAUAGCUGUGAACGACAUGGGUUCAGCAACGUCGGCGGCCAGUCUGAGGGUUCUAGGUCCAGGGAGUGAUGGGAUCUUGGUGACCUGGAAGAACAACUUUGACUGCUUCUACAGCGAGGUGGCUGAGCUCGGCAGGGGCAGAUUUGCCGUUGUUAAGAAAUGCGAUCAGAAAGGAACCAAGCGAGCAGUGGCCACGAAGUUUGUGAACAAGAAGCUGAUGAAGCGCGACCAGGUCACGCAUGAGCUCGGCGUCCUGCAGAACCUCCAGCACCCGCUCCUUGUUGGCCUCCUUGACACCUUUGAGACUCCCACCAGCUAUGUCCUCAUUUUGGAAAUGGCUGAUCAGGGUCGCCUCCUGGACUGCGUGGUCCGAUGGGGAAGCCUCACCGAAGGGAAGAUCAGAGCGCACCUGGGGGAGGUUCUGGAAGCCGUCCGAUACCUUCACAACUGCAGGAUAGCGCACCUGGACCUCAAGCCUGAGAAUAUUCUUGUGGAUCAGAGUUUGGCCAAACCAACAAUCAAGCUGACUGACUUUGGAGAUGCUGUCCAGCUCAACACGACCUACUAUAUUCACCAGUUGCUGGGGAACCCUGAGUUUGCAGCCCCAGAAAUCAUCCUCGGGAACCCUGUCUCCCUGACCUCGGACAUGUGGAGUGUUGGAGUGCUCACGUACGUGCUUCUCAGUGGUGUGUCUCCCUUCCUGGACGACAGCGUGGAAGAGACCUGCCUGAACAUUUGCCGAUUAGACUUUAGUUUCCCAGAUGACUACUUUAAAGGCAUUAGCCAGAAGGCCAAGGAGUUUGUGUGCUUCCUUCUGCAGGAGGAUCCCGCCAAGCGUCCCUCGGCUGCGCUGGCCCUCCAGGAGCAGUGGCUGCAAGUGGGCAGCGGCAACAACAUGGGCACGGGCGUCCUCGACACAUCCAGACUGACCUCCUUCAUUGAGCGGCGCAAACACCAGAAUGAUGUUCGACCUAUUCGUAGCAUUAAAAAUUUCUUACAGAGCAGGCUUCUGCCUCGAGUUUGACCUGUCUUGAAGUUCUCUCUCAUUCUCUUUCACCUGCCAAUCAGCUGUUAAUUUGAAUUUUGAAGAAAAAAACAAAGCUAACAGACCAGCUGCCGACCGUUCAUCGUGUGAAAUUGCGUUCCAAGUGAGCUGCGCUCGGCAGCACUUGGACGCAGAGCUGCACGCUGCGCUGGGGUGGAGGACCUUCGGUUAUGCUCUGCCAAGACAGAGACUGUAUUGCUGUAUCACAGUAUUUUAUUCAGGUUCUGCAAAAAAUAAAAAGAUACUUUUUUAAGCGAACAUGAAUAGAAUUUUGCAAAUUUAACAUUUUCAAGAUUUAUCCAAGGAAACAAAAUGCCUAUGUUCAACCACUGGUGUUAAUGAACAAAACAAAGACACUGUGCAUCUCUGGGGAAGACUCCUCCGGCGCCGGCCUCUCACGCCGCGCGAGCACCCACAGCCGCCUGGCGCUGAGCUUUUCCAGCCAGCUUGUCUGUGUGCAUUGCACAGGGGCACCAGGCUUGGUUUCUCAAAUGUGCACUCAACCUCAGACUUUUGCAUAAAACAGGAUGAAUUGUUUUGCUCUGAUGAAAUGUGGGCCUUACUUGUAUAUAAGACCUCCUGCCUUCGGUCUGUCACGCCCCCCGCCAGUCUGCCACCCACCGCCUGGGCCUUCCUCUGGGGCCCAUGGGUCUGCCCGUCAAUGGCGACAUCAGGUGGGGCCCAGCCCCGCCACCCCAUUCCUGCCCCGAGCCGUCAAUCAGAUUGUUGAGCGGUAUAGUCAGAGGAAAAUACUGUAAAUGCACUCAUUGGGGUUUUUUGUUGGUUUUCUUUUUGUUUUGGUUUUAUUUCAUAUCAUGUGCAAUGUUGUGGCUUUAACAUUUUAUGCAACUAUUUAUGAAGACCUCUGUUGUACCUGUAAUAAAUAUAUAGAAAAAGCACAUACUUCGUACAGUGAGCUUUAUGGUUUUGUGUGUGUGUGUGUGUGUUGGGGGAGGUUGUUGUAGCCCUCUGCCAUCGGUGCAAGGAGUCUUAACUUUUCGUGAAAUUUGUCAGUUUUGAGCACUGUAAAAAGUGAUUUCAUACUCUGAAUAUAAAACUGGAUAAUAGGGUAAUGUUUUAAAAUUUAUUAUGCUAUUAUUCAGAAUGCCAAAGUAUUAUUUUUUUCCCAAAAUCAGUCUGGACAUUUACUACUUUUUAAACUUUUUGACAUUCAACUUUCUGUAUAAAAAAUUGGCUAGAUUUUGAACUUUUGGUAAGAAAUUAAAGCCAAUUAAGCACUGGCCGCCCUGAGGCUGGUACCCAGUGCCCGUGUCACUGUGGCCGAAUUAGCGCUGGUGUGGGGAGGCCUCUCCGCAAGGAGGCAGAGCUUCUGGGCUCACUUGAAUUUUUCUGGAUGUCCUUUUAUCUUUAUUGUGUGAAAUACACUAAAAAAGAGGCCAGCCUGCUUCCCAAGCCAGCCAGCAUCUGGGUCUUGAGCCAUAAACUGGCACAGCCAAGCUUUGCAGCUUCCAGUGUAUCUUAUUUAUUCCUUUGUUAGGUUUUUGUUUCUUCUUGUAAAAUUGUACAGAAACUUUUUAAAAGAAAUUGGAUUCCAAACUGGAUGUGUAUCCGUAACCUCAUAACUUUUUUAUUUGUGUAUUGUUUCUUUUAUUCAGUUGAGUUUUUACAUGAUUUUGCAUGUAUAUUUCUUUGUACAGAGACGUACAUGUUUACACAGUAUGAUGUGAUGUAAAUAUUUUAUUUUGCCAUCAGUUAUUUUAAACAAUUAAACAUAUUUGCCUGA